AUCGCGACGUGAGGAAGGCGUGCAUCAGCAAGCCAAAAGCUUUUUCUUCCUCACAAACAUUUCAGUCAUUAUUGCCCCUGAACCCAUCUGGCUUUGGAGAUUGAUAUUCAAUCGUUUGCGCGGCAAUUUCACACUUCAUUUUUGACCGACAGAGAUAAUGGCAUGCAAACAGUAAUUUUUUUUGCACCUCUUUGUUGCUGGUGCACGUCUUUUUUUGCAUGCAAACAAGCUUGUUUUCCUUUGGAUGGUUUUUUUCUGGGGCGCGUUUGUGUACGUCUGACCGACGAACAAAGAACACCCCACUCGCUCUUCCACCCUUACACAAUAACUUUGGGGUCGCCUUUGGCAAGAAUAAAUUUGCCUAACUUACUUACGCAAAGCUCAUCUUCGUCGAGAUUUACAUAUCCGUAAUUAUUAAUGGUUUUUUGCGUCUAAUCAUCCCAUAAAACCCGUCGACAUCGAGGCGCCACCAGCCUGGUCGCCAUAGCAAAACGACGUCCUCACGCGCCCGAACAUAGACACAGGCACUUUGGUCGCGGUUUUCGGUCGCGUAAAACCUGGCAGAAGCCUCCCGCGGCGAAUACAGAGCGACGAACCCGAAGCGCGUUUGUCGGCCUUCGAUUUGGGGUGGCAAAGGUACCUUUGGUCCUGAGCCUCCUCCUUAGCCUGAUCCCAUGGCUUGGCAUGUCAGGUAGCAGUCUACGAGCAUAGUCGAAUGUCACGGCCCUUGGUACAGUCCGCUGCCAUGGCACCUGGUAGCAGUGGUGCCAAUGUCGCAGCACUGUUACGACACGCAGUGCUAUACCACCUCGACAACAGUGCACACGAAAAUGCGCUCUUUUUCGCCGAAAGACUCGCUGCUCAGGACCCUCGAUCCCCCGAAUCAGCGUUUCUCCUUGCCCUCUGCCAUUUCCGCCUGGGAGAUUUUCUGUCGGCGCACGAUGCCAGCAAGGACGACUUGAAGGGAGCAGGCCUUCGGAGUUUACAUAUAGGGCGGGCCUACAUAUUUGCGCAGAGCUGCUUGGCACUAGAAAGAUAUCGAGAUGGGGCUAUCGCACUGGAGAGGUGUCGACCGCAAUGGCCGCAUAAAACCACUUUUGGGAAACACACGGCCUCCACGCGCAGCCUGAUACCUGAUGCUGCCGCGCUAAACUGCCUGCUUGGUAAGCUCUAUCAGGGGCUUGACGACAAGAACAGGGCUGUAUCCUGCUUUGAGGACGCACUGAAGCUGAACCCUUUCAUGUGGGAUGCCUUCACAUCGUUGUGUGACAUGGGUGUUCACAUCAAGGUUCCAAACAUAUUCAAGGUCACCGACAAGCUUGUGCGGGCUCUUGAUUCAGAAGAUAAACCCACGAUUAACGACAAGGAAACAUCUUCAGCAGCUACAUUAGAGCCGCUGCCGAGAAAGUCAGCUUUGCGUUCGGCCCCCGCAGACACCUCGGAUCCCUUCGACCAACCAAGAGCAGUCGCCUUCCAGGACAGACAGGCACUCGGGAAUCUGGUAGCCGCCGAGACCGAAGAAAAUGAGUUUCUCCAAAAGAUCGCAGCUGCUCGCUCUAGGAUGGCAGCAGCUUCAGGACCAAGCAGUGCGAGUGAUCUCCUAGACACUCCUCCAGCUCCUUCGGCUCCGGUGGAGAUAAACGCCUUGCGUGGAGGGGCUCAUCCUGAGCCUCCGCACGCGCCCAUGCGCAAAACUAGGGCAGCGCAUACUAUUGAACCACCUCCUUCGGAUGCCCCGCCAAGGAUGGGAUAUCGUGGCAUCACUAAACGAAGAGCAAAUUUGGACCCCAACUCAGAAGCCCCUUCAGCCACGGAGCAGCCCGUUUCCCAGAUGCUCAGAACUUCAGCGUCAUCACUGUUGGGAGCUGAACAGCGGAAGCGGACCAUAUCUGGGCAUCCAGUCCAAUCCAGGCCAGGUGUUACCGAAGAACCCGGAGCACCACAGAGAAGAAGUGCCAGGCUCAACAUGUUCAAGCAGCCCUCUACUGCCAAGCCGAACGCUGCAGCUGCUCCCAUUGGCACCACAUCUACGAGGGAAAUGAAGAAAGCCAGACCAGCCAUCUCGAGAAUCAUGCGGCCAGGGAGUAGCGGUUCUAGCGUUGGGAGGGUUGUGAGUGGGAACCGAAAGCCAGUGGAGGAAAAUACCAUGGAUGUUGAUCAUGUCGAGCCCCCGAAGAUGAGAGAUGCAGUUCAACCACCUCUAGGACCUGCAAGAACAAUCGAGGCGGACGGACACAGCACAGUAAGAUUAGAAGAAACCUUGCGGUUGUUGAUGGAUCUUCUCAAACGCCUGGGAACGGGAUAUUUGGCUUUGUCGCAGUACCAGUGCAGCGAAGCUGUGCAAGCUUUCAGCACGAUACCGCGAGCUCAUGUCGACACCCCGUGGGUUUUAGCUCACAUCGGACGCGCUCAGUAUGAACAGACCAAGUAUGCUGAAGCAGAGGCCUCCUUCAAGCGCUUAAGAACAUUGGCACCGAAUCGGCUGGAGGACAUGGAGGUCUAUUCCACAGUACUUUGGCACCUGAAGAAGGAAACAGAGGCAUCGUUUCUGGCACACGAGCUUGUUGACAUAGCGUGGCAUUCACCGCACGCCUGGUGCGCCUUGGGCAAUGCAUGGUCGCUGGCAUCAGAUCGCGAACAAGCGCUGCGGUGCUUCAAGCGUGCUACGCAGCUCGACGCAAAAUUUGCAUAUGCCUACACACUUCAAGGGCAUGAGCACUUUGUUAGUGAAGAAUACGAUAAGGCGUUGACAUCAUACCGGCACGCCAUAGCGGCGGACCGGCGCCAUUACAAUGCCUACUAUGGCAUCGGAAGAGUGUACGAGAAACUUGGCAACUAUGACAAGGCAUAUACCCACUUCCAUGCGGCCUCAGUGAUUCACCCGACCAACGCGGUCCUGAUAUGCUGCAUCGGUACGGCACUGGAGAAGCAAAAGCAAGUUGUACAGGCCCUGCAGUUUUUCACAAAGGCGACCGAACUAGCACCGCGGGCAGCGCAAACACGCUUCAUGAAAGCGCGCGCUCUUUUGGCGUUGGGACAACUACACGAGGCUCAGAAAGAGCUCAUGAUCCUCAAGGACCUCGCACCGGACGAGGCGACUGUGCAUUUCCUGCUUGGAAAGCUCUACAAAACACUUAACGAUAAGAAUACGGCGGUCCAUCACUUUACGAUUGCACUGAGUCUGGAUCCAAAGGCCAGUCAAUUGAUCAAAAAGGCCAUAGAAAGUCUCGAGGAUGAUGAAUGUUAUGACGACUCCAUGGUGCAAUGACAAUAACAAUAACAAUGUUGCCCAAGUGUGGGCGAGGGUAACGGCUUUCUCUCUCUAGAACUUGCUACGAAUGUAUAUAACCGACUCUGAGAUGAAACUCUUCACCCGUUAGCCCAAUUGGCCACCAGGGAAAUCAGUGGGACGUUGUUGCAUGGCGUCUAUGAAACGACACGAGAAGAUAUGAACCAUCGAUCAUUUCAAUCCAUGGAAAUGCAGCAUUGCAUUGGCGUUCUGGACAUGCUAUUUGCUGGGAAGCAAGCAAUUUGAGAUUGUUUCUGGCCACUGAGUUCUGGGGAGAGCCAUGGGAUGGGACGGGAGGGCGCCUGGAUCGGGAGAUAGUUGGGUAAGGCUUUGACUAUGCGGUUGUGUUUUUGGGGAAGCGGUCUUUAUUUUUAUUUUUUUUGGGCGUAGGGCGGACAACACGAGCAUCAUGUUACAGCAUUGCGUUCUUUUUCCCUUGUCUUGGUUUGUUCUUUUCGGCAUUGGGAGUUUGAGACGACAACAAUUCGUGUGGUUUGGGGUUAAACAGUACAGAGUCUCUGCUCGUGCGAUUACUUUGACAUACCGAUUCACACUCUUUGAAAAACACUUUAGCUGUAGUGCACACGCUAGUGAACGAUGGAUUGACGCCUACCUGG